UUCUCAAAUAAUUUUUUUAUAUAAAUUCCAUUCACUUUCAUUCAAUUUUACUCACAAAAAUCAAAAACAAAUAUAAUCCACACAAUCAAAAGGUUCAAUGAACAACAAAGCCGAGCUCGUCUUCAUCCCUACACCAGGCGUCGGCCACCUCGGCUCCACUGUGGAGCUGGCCAAGCUCCUUGUCCACCGCCACCAACGCAUCUCUAUCACGGUACUCAUCAUGAAAUUACCAUCCGACUCCAAAAUUAACACCCAUCUAAACUCACUCUCUGCUGGUGACCGCAUCAACUUCGUUCAUCUCCCAAGCGACCAACUUCAAGGAUUCGACCCCAAAAGGUUCUUCUCUUCGUUCAUUGAAUUUCAUAAACCCCUCGUCAAAGAAGCCGUCUCCAAGCUUGUUCACUCCGAGUCAGCCUCCAAUGACGCACCUCGACUCGCCGGGUUUGUUCUCGACAUGUUUUGUACAAGCAUGAUCGAUGUUGCUGAUGAGUUUGGAGUUCCUAGCUAUAUUUUCUUCACGUCCAGUGCAGGUUUUCUGGGUUUGAUGUUUCACGCGCAGGCUCUUUAUGAUGAGCAGAACAAACACACUAUGGAGUUGAAAGACUCGGAUUCUGAGUUGGAAGUACCAAGUCUUAUUAACCCAGUUCCUGCUAGAGUUUUGCCUUCGGUAUACUUGGAGAAAGAUUGGUCCAUGAUUGUGUUUGAGCAAGCGAGGAGGUUUCGGAGAGUUAAGGGUAUUAUUGAAAAUUCCUUCAUGGAGCUGGAAUCCUAUGCGAUCAAGUCUUUCUCAAAUGGUGAAACCAAAAUCCCACCCGUUUAUCCUGUAGGACCCAUUUUGAAUCUGAAGGGUGAUAGCAUUGAUUUAGGGACAGGUGGGUCCAAAACAAAAGCAGAGAUCACGGAGUGGCUUGAUGAUCAGCCGCCAUCGUCAGUUGUGUUCCUGUGCUUCGGGAGUAUGGGAAGCUUCGAUGAGGAACAGGUGAAAGAGAUUGCCUGUGCGCUCGAACAAAGUGGGUAUCGGUUCUUAUGGUCUCUACGUCAACCUCAACCAAAGGGUCAGUUUGUCGCUCCGAGUGAUUACGCAAAUCUAACAGACGUGUUACCAGAAGGGUUUCUCGAUCGAACAGUUGGGGUUGGAAAAGUGAUCGGGUGGGCUCCACAAGUGUCGAUAUUAGCCCACAAGGCAAUCGGAGGGUUCGUAUCGCAUUGCGGGUGGAAUUCGACCCUAGAGAGCAUAUGGUUUGAAGUUCCAAUGGCGACAUGGCCGAUGUAUGCGGAGCAACAAUUCAAUGCAUUUGAGAUGGUGAUUGAGUUAGGAUUAGCGGUGGAGAUUAAAAUGGAUUAUAGGAAGGAAUUUUCGGGAGAGAAUCAGAUGAUUGUGAAGUCAAGGGAGAUAGAGAAAGGGAUAAAGAAAUUAAUGGAGGAUGAGAACGAGAGAAGAACAAGAGUGAAGGAGAUGAGCGAAAAGAGUAGAAAAACCAUUAUGGAAGGUGGAUCUUCGUUCACUUCAGUGGGGUGCUUCAUUGAUGAUGUCAUGAGCAAUUUGUCAUAAAUAAUUAUAUUUACAAUAAACAAUGUUAAAUUAAUCAGAUACUCUUUAUCUGAAUCUCCUUUGUUGUGAAAUAUAUAUUCUAAUCCAUAGGCAACCAUUUAUCUUCAGUUGAAACACUCGGAUACUGAGUUGGAAGUAUACAGUGUCUUGUUAACUCAAUUCCUGUUAGGGUUUUGCCUAUCGUGUUGUUGGAGAGAAAGAGCGGACUACGGGAACAACCGCCGUCAUCAGUAUUGUUUCUUUGCUCUGGGAGUAUGGGAAGAUUAGAUUUAAAAAAAUGAAUGAAGGGGGUGUAAGUUUUGCCUUUUUGGAGUAAACCCAUUAAUGCUUCUCA